GGGCUUCAAACAUUUUUGGCCCAAAGAAAGCCGUAGGAAACUGCUCUUCAAUUCAAUUCCUUUUCCUCAUUCUUCUUCUCAACCAUUUCAAAUUUCCACUUCUUUGAUGUGACUCUUCGUCUCCAGAUCUCGCCGCCGUAAAUCUCCGUUCGAAUUUCGUCCUCAUAUUCCGAAUUCCGAUACGGCGAAUCUCUGAAAUCCACUGCCAAUGAGUUACAGAAGUGUGCAUCGUGCCUCCAAAGCAUCUCUUUUAGAUGGCCUUGAGGAAGGUGGUCUCAGGGCCUCCUCCUCAUACUCCGAUAUAAAUGAGAAGGACAAUGACAAAGCUGUGCAAAGUUUGCAAGACAGAGUUGUUUUCCUAAAGAGAAUAACAGGUGACAUACAUGAAGAGGUGGAAAGCCAUAAUCGUUUGCUUGACAGAAUGGGAAAUGACAUGGAUGCAUCAAGGGGUAUAAUGUCUGGAACAAUGGAUCGGUUUAAGAGGGUGUUUGAGAAAAAAUCAAGCCGGCGAAUGUGUGUACUUGUGGGCUAUUUUGUGGCUUUCUUCUUAAUCAUAUACUUUCUCUUCAGGGUUCGCAGAUUAUUCAUUCAUGGUUGAAGACUUGAAGCAGCUCUAGAGCAGCUUGCGGCUCCUGAACUCAGUUUUGAUUAUGUGACAAAAUGGUAGUAAAGUCAUGUUGUCCAACGUGUCUUACUCAAACUGCAUAUGAAAAAUGAUUUCAAAGCCGAUCAGCGGCAGGAAUGUUUUUCAUGUAUAAAUAUAGAUGUUCCAGAAAGGAUUGGAUAGUAGGCUGUAGCUGGAGGUGAGCUAUUUGUUGAAUUGUGCAGUAUCAUACUGUGAGAAAAUAUCAUGCUGUGAAUAAUUGUCUUUGGUUUUACUGCAUCUUUCUAGCUAAAAGCUAGAAUCUUACAGAUCAUGCAAACAGAUCACAAGUAAA